CAUUUUAUAUAUAAAAUAAAUAUUACAUAUAAGUAUUACAUAUUAUUAUAUGUAUGAAAUGCUUUAUAAAUAAUAAAAAUCAAUGGUCAAUCAUGGUCAAUUAACGAACAAGUUAGGUUCAAACUACUAUUUCGAUAUCCUUUAUAGAUUAUGUUGUUCAUAUCAAGAAGUUUAUGCCAGAGAAACAUUCAGCGAAGUGCAACAAACCAUUUCGUUAUUCGUCCCAUAAAAACUCACUGCUGUUCCUGGCAACGUAAAAAACUUCUUAAUCAAAAUACAAUUGACCGCAGAAAACUACAAUGUGUAACACUGCAAAAAUGUUACUUUCGCACUACACAAAGCUUGCAUAUUCCACCGUUCGUGGCAAUGUUUUUACGUCCUGCUUUACGCAUUGGCGCAUUCCUGAUGGGGCGCACAAUAAAAAAAUGGUGGGCACGCAAGUCCGAAAAAGAAAAGGAGGAAUACAAACAAUGGGUCAAGAAUAGGAGCAAUAUAAUUUUAGGUUGCUUUGGAUUAUAUGGUCUUAUAUUAUUUAUUUACUAUAUAACACAUCUUGAAACUGAUCCAUUGACAAAACGUUCGAGAUUUAUAAUCUUUAACAAGGAACAGGAGAAACAAUUAGGGAAGAUGGUUCUUGAAGUUCAUUUAGAAGCUCAUGAAAAAAAUUUGGUACCUAAGACUCAUCCAGCUUACAAGACACUUCUAAGGGUGAUUGAAAAAAUUUUGGCAGCUAAUAAAGACUUAAAGUCCAUAAGAGAUACACAAUGGACUUUAACUGUUAUUAAUACACCACUAUCAAACUCAUAUAUCUUGCCAGGUGGAAAUAUCUUUGUAUCCCUAGAUAUCUUAAAAAUGAUCGAAAAUGAUGAUCAAUUAGGUAUUGUUUUGGCUCAUGAAAUGGCUCACUCGUUACUCUCACAUUCGCUUGAAGCAUUGUCUGAUCAGUUAUUAUGGGACUUUUUAAUAGCAAUACCUAUAUUAUUAGUUUGGGCAUUAUUACCUGAUAUAGCAGCUGCUAUAAUUCACAUGAUAGGAGAACGAAUUGUGAAUAUCAUGUACAAACUCCCAUAUAGCAGAGUCUUGGAGAAUGAAGCUGAUGAAGUAGGACUUAGAUUGGCUGCAAAGGCUUGUAUUGAUAUUCGUGAAGCAGUUGUUUUUUGGGCUACAAUGAGGACGCUUACGGAAAUGCAUCUGUUGCCUCCAGAAUUACCAUGGAUAUCAUCACAUCCUAGUCAUGGAGACAGAGAGAAGAAUUUGAAUGAAGAAAUGACGCAAGCAAUAGAAUUACGAAAGGAUUCAGGAUGUCCAGUAUUGCCUGCAGUAGAUCCAAGAAACAAGUUCUACGAACGAUCGGCAAAGGAACAGGAAAUUUACUUCAGACAGAAAGGAAUCAUUUCAUGAAGAUUCAAAGAUCAAAUACUUUCGUCAGGUUAACGUGCCUAUUCAACAAAUAUAAUUUUUCUCAAAAGUUAACAUAUUUUUAAACUGUGAAUCAAGUAAAUGAUGAAUAAUAAUAUUAUAUAACCUAUUUAUUUUUUUCAGUAUAGUGAAAAAUGUAGUUUAUAUUCAUAUAUACAAAAACAGUAUAUAUACAUAUGUAUACAUACAUACAUAUACAUAUAUAUACAUAUAUGAUGUUGAUUUAAAUAUUAUUAAUGUAUCUGUAUAAAUAUAGUUUGUGAAUAUUGUAUAAUAUUAUGUUUAAUAAUACUAUUCGGAAUUGUUUUAUCUUAAUUUAUCUGGUUUAUUAAUUAAUUUAUCUUCACAAAAUGUAUAUAGUAAUUUUAAAUAAUAAGUUUUAUAUUGUAUAAAUAAAACAUAUUUUUUCAAAA